GAUGAUUCACUGACGUAUAUGUAGCAACAAAUUAUUUGACAUUCCCGUUUUUGUAAUGUUUGUUUUCCUUUUUGUACUAACGAAUUGAUAAUUUCCUUGCUUUUGAACAACAAAAUCAGUGGAAUAACAAAACAAUUAUAACGACAAUACUAUAUACUUAUUUGUAAACGAAAAUUAUCAAAAGUGCCCAGCCAUGAAGGCGGGUACAUUUCGAAAUACACAAUGGGAUCCCAUGCUACUCGUCGCCCAAAUCAUAUCCAUGCAAUCAUGCGUAUACUUCUCCUUGGGUCUUCUGGUCUUCUUCGCUAACAUAUUAGCUGGCGAUAAUUACACACUGGAUAAUGUAUUUGAGUAUCAUGAAAUACACAUUUCCGACGCUGGUGGACGACUUAUUAUACUCGCAUUUGUGCUAAAUUCAUUUGUUGCCUCAUUGGCGUUGUGGUUUAUUGUACGCCGCGCAAAAUUAUGUUUAGAUUUUAGCUGCACAUUCCACAUCCUUCAUUUACUAAUCUGUUGGUGGUAUAACUCAAAUUUUCCGUCGAAUGUUAGUUGGUGGUUGCUAAAUGCAAUCACAACGACUAUAAUGUGUAUCGGCGGCGAAUUUUUGUGUCUCAAGUCGGAAUUAAAAGAGAUCCCGGUUGGUUAUGCGGCACUCAAUCAGAAAUCGGAUGUUUAACAUUUUUUUGGGAUGAAGAAUUUAGAAUGCGCACUUCGUCUGUAGCAGGGACUGUCGCAGCUAUUACAGAAUAUUCAAAAGUGAUCUUUUAUGUUUAUACAACAUGUACGUCUAUAGAAAUUGUAUUUAUUUAGAUUAUAAUAAAAAUGCGUCAUCAAAAUAAA